CAGCGCGCACACAUGGAUUCCUGAACGAAAGUUGAAAAAAAAACCUCCGCCAUGUUUAAUUUCUUUAAGAAAAAAGGCGGGAAGGACGCCCCCACGACCGCGCCCGAGAAUAACCGAACGCAGCCGAUUGAGAACACUAGAACCGCGGAAUCAGUCGAAACGCGCGCUCGAAACGAUGAUGUAACGAACGAGCCCUACACUAGCAAGGAUGUAGUGAAUUUACUCAUACCUGAGACUCAAUACGGCCAGAAAACUGAAAAAAGUGGAGUCGGAGCAUUGUUACAAAUAAUGGCGGGGAAACGGAAGAAUAAAAACAAAAGAAAAACAGCUCGGGCCGAGUCCGUUCGCGUCAGUCCGCCGAAAGAGACGACCGUUUCGUUGCAACGCAGCAAAUCCGAGCGCGAGGUGAAGUGUAGCGACGCGCCCACGCCCGCCAAAAAUACCGCCGAUCCAGCUGACUUCGUCAAGUCUCUAGUCCUGCAAAAAUACUCCAAGCCGCACGUGUCUUUAGUGUACGUGUCUAAUGACGAUCUGAAUGUCGAUCCUGAGAAACAACAUGCCGAGGCAUUGCUGCGCGAGAUUGCCCGCACUAUAGACUGCACGAUCGACAAGAUUAAUGAAAGCAAACCAAUGGGGGGAGCUGACAGUAAAAACGAUAAAAAGGAACCUCUCUACGAAACUAUCGAUGAAAGAAGAACGCCUAACCCGAUAGAUAACUACAAGUCAAGUCUGAAAGGUGAACUGGAUAAGCUACUUGAAGAGAACAAAGAAAGAGAAAUAGAAGACAAUAAAGUAGACGCACAGAGUAUUGAAUCGCCGAGUAUAGUUAAGAAAUCGAAUUUGAAACCACCGAAAUCGGACACGGAAGGGUGUUCCGAUGACGACAGAUCCGAUUGUGGCAAGAAAAAGGUCACGUUUCAAAAACACAUUGUUUUUGAUGAUGGAGACGAACAGACAGACGAGGAAGUAGACUCUUCUUUCGAAUCCCUCACCUCUGGUGAAGAAGAAGAAUACUUAGAAGAUAGUUUACCGGACAACGAUGACUUCGGAGGUUUUGUGGCAGAAGAAAAUAGGACUGUAAUAAAUGUUAGUGAAAAUGAAGAAAACGACGGACUUAGAAGAAUAUCCAGUGACAACAGUGACAGUGGAUUCAUAGAUGAAAGACAAGAUGAGUUGAGUGAAGUGAAGACUUUAGAGGAAAGCGAAAGUGAGAGUGAAAGUGAGGUCAGUGAAAGUGAGAGUGAGACGGAAGAAGAGAUAAUAGAAGAAGUGGUCGAAGUCAACGUCGCGGAGGUCAUCGACCCGAAUAAUCCGAAGCAUGUGGACAACCAGAAGUCCCUAGUGUCCCAGGAGAGCAAAUUCCAGCACCAGGUGUCAGCACUAACAGAGCUCGCUGACUCCAGGUGUGAGGAGACAGAGAGGGUCCGAGAUCUUAUAACUGCGUACAGGAAAGAGAUAGAAGAGAAGAACCAGGAAAUUGAACAGCUAAAAUGCGAGCUAGCGAAGGCAUACAAGGAGUCGGAACUGGUGCGCCAGCGCAGCCGCUCAUUGGAAGAGGAGCUAGGAGCCGCGCGCGCAUGUUCCGCUGACCUCGCUGACCAGCUGAAGAAGAGAAAUGAUGACGCCCUCAGACAACUCAGAGCCGAGCUGGAGGACGUCUUGUCUCACCGCGCGGAGCUGGAGUCACGGGUCCAGGCCCUGGAGAGGGACUGCGAGAGACUGCAGCGGGAGAAGUCUCUGCAGGAACAACGCGCUCAAGAGGCUUUGGCAGCAGCAGAAGCGAACACAGCGAAAUGGCGAGCUGCGCACGAGUCUGCGCGGUCGCAGGCGGCGGCACGGGCCGAGCGCAUGUUGGCAGACUGCGAAUGGAAGAUGAGGGAACUGGAGCAGAAGGCUCGGGAUGCUGAUAAGCAGAAGAAAGAGCUGACAACAACGAUCGAGCAACUGAAAGCGGCACCGCAGCCUGCGCCGGCGCACGUCGCCGAGCUGCAGCAGCUGCGCGGCGUCGUCACCGAGCAACAGCGCUCUGUGCAUGCGCUCAGUCUGCAGCUACAAAAGGUGGAGACCAGGGAAGAAGCUCUCAAAUUGGAAGUUCACAGACUGAAAGACCUUCUGGACAAGGAGAUCAGGAUUGGCAAGGAGAAAGAGGAACGGCAUUUGAAGACAGUGGAGCGUCUAGAACAGCAGCAAUCGAAGACCGUGGAAGCGCUAAGGGCGGAGCACACGGCGGCGGCCGCGGCCUCGCGCGCCACGCUGGAGCGCGCGCACGCCGAGCGCACGCGGGCGGCGCUGGCGCAGCUGCGGGCCGAGGCCGAGCAGGACGCCAGGAACGCCGACCGGCGGCUGCGGGAGGUCACGACCAAGUUCGAGAAUCUUAAAGAGCUGUUGGCGACCAAGGAGCGUCAGUUUGAGUUGUCGCUGGCGGAGGCGCACAGCAAGGCUGACUGGGACAUCAUGCAGCUGCGGCACAUGCUGGACAAGGCUGACAUCAACAACGCGAACACUGUCGAGCGGCUUACCGAGAACUACGAGCAAGAGAGAGAGCGCCUGAACCAAGAAUGGGAGGAGAAGAUACGAGCGGUAGAGGAGCAAGCGGCGACCGCGGCGGAGGACGCUCGGAGGACCCUGGAGGGCACGCGACAAAAGCUGAUGGCUGAGAGGGUCGAGCAGGUCAAUAAACUGAAGGAACAGCACCGACAGGAGAUGGACGAGCAAUGGGAGAGGUUCAUGUCGGACAAGGAGACCUGUUUGCAGAGGAUGAAGGCGGAGUGCCGACAGGAGGGCGAGGAGGAACGAGUCAAGAGGGAAAAGGAAUUAUUAGAGGAAAUUGAAGACCUGAAAGCCCAGUUGAAGUCCAGCACGGUGGACUUCGACCAUCUGGCUGUGAAGGCGGCCGCCUGUGGUCGCACCCUCGCUGUCACAGAGCAGGAACUCAGAGAGGCUCUAGCGAGAGAGAAGGAGUUACGAGAGAAGAGAUCAGAAGACGCCACGAAGCUCAGGCAAGCGGAACGAGCAUCGAAGGACCAAGUCGAGCAUUUGACAAGAAAGUGCGCUUGUUUGAGAAAACUUUUCGACGACAUGCGCGCGCGCCUAUCAGCCCGCGAGCGCGCCGCGGAGCAGGACUCGCGAGCCAAGGAGAAGGAGAUCCACCAGCUGCGGGCUGAGGUCGCUCGACUUACUAAGCUGCUGGUUGAGGAGAGCUCGCCAAAGCUAGGGGCCCGCACGCGUGCCGACGGCUGCGAGACCGCGCUAUCGGCUGACGAACGCAAGGGACACCGUUCUUCUGUGCCCGCCCGUAAACGCCCGAUAGUGGCUGAAUACCCGCCCCCGUCUGCGCUGAAAAUAGAACCCCAAUAUGGCCGCCAAAGAUCGAAAAGUGUCGAUCUACCAGCAGUCCCAGUGCCUGUCAGAGUGAAGCAGUUAGAAGAGAUCAGUAAAUCCAGGGAUAAUUUGCACGAUGAAAAGAAAAAUUUUAAAAGUUAGGUUAGGACGGAUAUUAUCUUAACUUAAAUAAAUAAAAAAAGAAAAAGCAGUUUUAAAAAACAUGAGUACAAAAAAAGUUUCUGGCCAGUAUUUAUUUACGUCGUGUAGGUAAUAGAAAGUAGAUUGCAACAAAACUUUUUGAAUAAAAGUAGAUUUGGAAAGAGUUACGGAAGGAUACAAGUAAAGAUAAGCGAAUUUAAAACUUUGUCUGUUUUUUAUAAGGGGACCCCAUAUGCACAAUGAAUUUAAAGGAGAAAAUUAAAUGUAUAAAGUCUUAAAUCGGAUAGGAUUAAAAUUUUUGCAUUGACUACAGCGAAUAGGCAUUUGCCAGGUAAGCGUGAUCCACCCUAGACCACUUCGUCACUUACCAUUAGAUGAUAUUAUAUUGUGGCCAAACGCAAGCAUAAAAAAAAUAAAAAAAAAUGAGGUCUUGUUAUUUUUGGUAUUAUUUAUUCAACAACAAAACAGACUUACUUACAGGCGAAUCCAAUGCGCCUGAUAACUAUUUAAAAUAGUUUUCUAAUAAUACCUCUUUAAAAACCCUCAAUAGGUGCAGAUUUUGCCUUGCUACAAAAGCGCUAUCUCUAUUUUGUAUCCAAUUUGGAAUACUUUGUACUCUUUGACAUUCAUUUUGACGUGACUGCAACGAAGUGAAAAGAGUAUUUUAAGUAUCGCUAUGGGGGGGAUUAACCCCCGUAUUCUAAGAAACUCGAAACUUCAUUCACUCAUUCAUUCACUCGACUCGGCCAUUUUGGUAUUUUAAUUUGACAUUUACGCCCUCGACUUGAGGACUUUACUCACUGGAGUCGAGCAUGUCAUACUGCCAACAUAAUAAUACGAAAUUAAUGACGUCAUGAGUUACUGGAGUAAACUCGUGUUAAGGUUGAGGCGCUGUUUGAGAAUACCGAUUUUGAGCUGAGUUCGAGAAAGACCUUGAUUUUGCCUCUUUUUUUAUAUUGGCCAAGUAUGUUGGCUCAACUAUGCCUGAUGGUAAACAUAGAGAAGCCCUAAUUGCAGUAGCAACUGAAAACGCAACGCAAUGAGUCAGUUUCGAAUCAGUUGCAACUGCCAUACUGGCCGAACAGGUGCUUCGCUUAAAGAACCCCAUGCUCAUGGACUGAGGAUGAGGGCUAGGAAGGUUGGAGUUAACAUUUUAGAAUAUGGGCGUCACAUUCGAAUAUUUGAGGGGGUUUUAGGCGACUCUUCUUAGAUCUAAUUUGGUAGGUGAAAAUAAAGGGACUGGUAGCUAAUGGCUGCCUUACUGCAAUUUAGUUUUAAUUAUAAAUGUAUUUAAUUCAUAAUAGAAACGGGUUUUUCAUUUUUAUUCGCAAUGAAAAAUGAUGUGUAAACGUGGCGAAUCAAGUAUUUAUUCGUUGUCUGUGCCAUUUCGAGGUUGUUUUUUUUUUUUUGUAAACGAAAUAAUUACAUUUGAAAGUUACUAUGUCGUAGAUAUACUCUUGCCGUACUCGAGACCUUCGAAGUAAAAUUAGAUUAGAAAAUAAGCACUUAUUAGCCUCGAUUCCUGCAGACACCUCCUAAUUUUAUUUUAAGUUAUACCCGUCAUAUUCUUAUCCGCCGAAAAGGAAAGGGACGGAUGAUUGACAACAAGUUAAUUUUAAAACGAAUGAAUAACCCGAGCGAAUAAAAUAGGCAUCUCGCUGGUAUGCAAUCCGUUUGACGUGCUGACUACUUAACUCUGUCAGGUUAUUGGUCGAUGUAAAAUUUUUAGACGGUUGUUUUGGAUUUCUCCUUAAAAUUGACGUGUGUUCCGUUUUUAUGCCUGUCGAUUACACGUCCCUUUCUUUUUCAGCGGAUAAGAAAAUGACAGGUAUAACUUAAAAUAAAAUUAGAUGGCGCCUGCAGGAAUUAGCACCACAUUGAUGUCGAUUCUGGCCUAUUCCGGUGUUCAUACAUACAUAGCCUGUAAACUGUAAACCACCCAGACGUGGUUUCGGGUUUCAUUCACAAGCACAGCCACUGGGUUACGAAUAUUUUAGCUAACAAAACCUACGUAGGCUAGGCUAUUUUAAAACUUAAUCAAUUGAGAUACUUUUUACGAAACGUCCAAACGAAAUUUAUAGCGUCCAAACCAGUAUUAAAACUAUUAACGUCCGUCAUUUACGCUGUGUAUAAAAAAUAAGAACUGUCUAAUUGUAAAAUUGCCGAGAAUAUUCCCGGCAUUCAACUGCCGUUAAAAAGGCCACAUCGAAGCAAUUCAUCUAAAAAAAGCAAUAUUGCUAUUUGUCAUAUAUUGUGUGCACGGCGCACUUACUUUUCGCUAUCGACCCACUAGGGUCGAUUAAUUCUUUCAAAUAUUUUUCCUCUCAGACGACGCCCUGAACCGAGGUUCGCGCCCAACUGAGCACCCUCAGGCCUGUUGUCUUAAACGUUGUACCGGGUGAGAGCCUUCAGCACUCCCCAUUUGUCCGGCCAAGUAGUUAAUGCCAUCAGUGGCAAAUCUACAAUAAGUCACGUCAAAAAAAAAGAACUUACUUUUAUAUGCGCAAAUGUCAAAUUGCAAUAAUGCUUUUUUUAGUGCUGCCUGUGCUUCCAAAAGUCCGGGCCUCCAUAGGCCCGAGAUAUGAAAAAGACAUACAAUAAUAAUAAUAAUAAUUGCGUCGAUGUGGCCUUCUUAACCCCCUAAAGAUAUAUUACCUAACUUUUAGGCAGAUAAGAUCAGAGUAAAAGAAACAAUAAUUUGAAAGAGAAAAGCUGCCAGUGUCCUCUAAAAAAAAGAAAAAAAAAAGAAAAAAAAAAGAGUUUCUAUUAAAGAGUUUUUAUACAACGAGAACAAUCCCACUU